AUGGACAGCCAAUGCCUGCCGUCGUAUCUCCCCCCCCCUUUCUUCCCCCUCCCCCUUUCCCCCCUCCGCGACUCCGCCCCAUUCUCUGACCUUCCUUCUCGCCACCUCCCUUUCUCUCCUCCUCUUCCAGCAACCAAGACGCGUGACCCCCUCGACUCGGACUCAGAUGAGGGGGUGGGCAAGUCGCGCCUUCCUAAGGGAGCGGUGGCGGCGACCAAGCCGCGUGGUGACUCGGACUCGGAUGAAGGGGUGGGCAAGUCACGCCUUCCUAAGGGGGCCGUGGCAGCGACGUGGGAGGAGUAUUGGCGGAAGAGCCUCGUGGCUCUCUUCUUCGGAUGCUCGCUCAACGUGCUGCUCGUCUUCAUCCCGCUCUCCACGCUCGCUGUCGCCCUCAAGUGGCCGCAGGGUUGGAUCUUCACCUUCUCUCUGCUGGGAAUCGCUCCAUUGGCGGAGAGACUAGGGUUUGUCACAGAACAGCUGGCACUUUACACUGGCCCAACUCUGGGAGGUCUGCUCAACGCCACCUUUGGCAACGCCACAGAGCUCAUCAUAUCCAUCUUCGCGCUGCAGAAUGGGCUGAUCCGCGUGGUGCAGAUGAGCCUGCUGGGCUCCAUUCUCUCCAACAUGCUGCUCGUGCUCGGCUGCGCCUUCUACGUCGGUGGUUUGCGCUACAGGGAACAAACAUUCAACAAGACUGCUGCUCUUGUCAACUCAGGUCUCCUCCUAAUGGCAGUGAUGGGCCUCACGGCACCCGCAGUGCUGCAGUCAACACACACAGAGCUGCACGAGAGGGACAGCACGCUCGCCCUCUCGCGCUUCAGCAGCGUCAUGAUGCUCGUCGCCUACGCCUGCUACCUCUUCUUCCAGUUGAAAACGCACUCCCAUCUGUAUGACGAUGACGGGGGGGAUGGGGAUGAUGAUGACGAUGAAGAGCAGGUGCUGGGCUUCUGGGGAGCAAUCGUGUGGAUGGGCGUCAUCACCAUCUUCAUCUCCAUCCUCUCCGAAUACCUUGUAGACGCUAUUGAGGGAGCAGCGGACGCGUGGGACAUCCCAGUGGCGUUCAUCAGCGUCAUCAUCCUGCCCAUCGUGGGGAAUGCAGCCGAGCAUGCUUCAGCCAUCAUGUUCGCUGCCAAGGAUAAAGUGGAUAUCUCCCUCGGGGUUGCCAUCGGCUCCUCCACUCAAAUCGCCAUGUUCGCGAUCCCCUUCUGUGUGGUGGUGGGGUGGGCCAUGGGAGUGCCCAUGGAUCUCAACUUCCAUCUCUUUGAGACCGCCACGCUCUGCAUGACAGUGCUUGUCGUCGCCGCCCUGCUUCAGGUCGGUCUCGGUUUGCUUCAGGUGGGUCUCUGUCGCUUCAGCCUAUCAGAGGACCCACCCAGAUGA